GACUUCUCCUAGAGAUCAAUAGUCUAAACAUGAUGUUGGUGGUGGGACCUCUCCUAGAGAUCAAUAGUCUAAACAUUAUGUUGGUGUGGGACUUCUCCUAGAGAUCAAUAGUCUAAACAUUAUGUUGGUGGUGGGACCUCUCCUAGAGAUUGAUAGUCUAAACAUUAUGUUGGUGGUGGAACUUCUCCUAGAGAUCAAUAGUCUAAACAUGAUGUUGGUGGGGGUGUGAGGAUUUUAUGCUUAUGCUUGUCUCCCUCUAGCAAAACUCUUUGUCUGCCUUCUGCAACUUUUUGACCAGUAUCUUUAGUGAAGGUGAUGGGUCACAGGUACUACUGGGUCCCCUGCUAUUGGUUCCUUGUUUUCAUCUGCAUACUAUUGGUUCCUUGGUUUCGGCUGCAUUCAUCACAUGGGGGAAUCAACUCACUGAGAAAAACUCUAAUUCCCAGUGUUUCAUUAUAGGACAAAUGGAACAUUUGCUUGUUUGUCUUCUGACAUAACAUCUUAAAUAGCAUGUCGUUGCUUAAGAUAUUUUACCAUCAGUCUGGAUGUUUAAUAUUGGAACUAAACUAUAUGCAGUCAUUGGUUUUUAUAAUUGUUUUUUAUUAUUUUCAAUAUUGAUUUACAUUGCUUGUUAUAGUAAUAAUUCAGCUUAAAUGUGUUUCCAAUUUUGUGGAAUGCUUCUUUAUUUGUCUGUUAGCAUGCUGUGUCAAUUAUGUCUACAUGUAAAUGGACUGCUGAUUUUUACACACACAUCUUUACAAUCUCUCUCUGUCUCUCACCUCUUCGCUCCUAACCACCAGGGUUCUCAGGGUGACCCUGGAGUGCCUGGUCAGACAGGGCAGGGGGGCUUGGCUGGGCUUCCUGGGCCCAUGGGACCGAUUGGGACUCCAGGACCACCCGGACCCCCCGGACAGUCCUACCCUGUGCGUUAUGGUGACGGGGAGGGUUCCGGAGUGACGGGGGUCAAUGGUGUUGCUGGAGUGAUAGGGAUUCCAGGACCACAGGGUCCGCCCGGAAUCGCAGGCCUUCCAGGAAGAUCUGGUUUGCCUGGGCUUUCGGGAGAGAAGGGGAGCGAGGGAGCAAGAGGACGGGAUGGAACACCAGGGAUGGACGGAUUCCCAGGACAAUUGGGAGACAAAGGGGAGAGGGGAGACAGAGGAGAAAGGGGUGAGCCAGGACGUGGAAGGGGGCUCCUGACCUCCGGGAGCCCCCUCGUCCACCGGGACAGAUCUACCAGACCCUGUAAGCAGCGUGAGUGUGGCUGUGUACUGUACGUCUUGUCUGCUCUGGAUCAUAGUGAUGUUUCAGUGACACAACUGACCUACCUGUCUCUGUCUCGUAGUUUGAUGGAGUUCUUGGGAAUCAUGAGGUGA